AUUACGAAAUCUAAUGAUACUAGAUUUUGCACUGACAUGUUUGCCGGAAAUCUAACCCAGAAAAGCUACAAAAUUAGUAUAGACGGGAGAGGAACUUCAUCUCCUCCGAAUCCUUCUUUCCCUUUCCGCUCCAAUCAAAUCAAGUCUCCAACCUCCACCUCUCGUCUCCUCUUUUCCAGAUUCUGUUUUCGUGAGAGCAAUAAAAAAGAAAAAUGAGGAGAAAAAGUUGACUCUUUUGUCUCCUCUGCGACAUUGCCCUCCACUUGGAAGCCUUGAUGGUUCCCCUCUUCUGAGCGGUCGAUAAAUUUUUGCGCUCAUUUUGAUACUCGAUUUCGUCUCUUCAGAGAGAACCACCAUCGGGUUACCUCUCCAAUCUCACAGGUCCAUUAUUUUCGUUUAGAUGUUGUGGAACUAGUACUACUGUGAUGAAAUUAGGGUUCUGUUCCUCUGGUUGCAGUUUGUUUUAGUCUUGGUGGGCAGACCUUUCUAUCUGUUUUUGGAUCAAGGCUUAGUUCAAGUUGGGCAAACUUUUCUAUCGAUUUCUUUUCUGGAAUCUAUAGUUCUGAAUUCAAUAAAUUUGGUAUUUGUAGUUGUGGAGCUGGGUUUUAGCUAAGUCCCUUAUUCGGAUGAAUUAUUGAUAGGAAAGGGAUCAUCUUGUGGGCCUUCGUGAUUGAUACGAGACUGGAUUUUGGUAUAAUAUGUGUGGUUUCAUGGAGAUAUUUCGUUUAGAGUUUCAUAGAUUUCUCAUACGAUCAGUCUCUAUUUGAGAAAGGUGGUUCUUGUUUGGGUUCUGAACUCACUCAAAUUUGCAAGGCAAGUGUUUGGUAUAAUUCUUCCCGAAAGGUUGAAAGAGUUUUCAAGAUAAAUUUAGUUUUCUCUUCAAUAGAGCAAUGGAUGCGGUAAGGAUGGAUGAUGGAGAAGUAGACCUUUCGAGCCACCUCCUAUUGCCAAACUCUGAGAUGACCAGCAGCUUUGAGGAGUACUUUAGGAACUCUAGGAAAUGCACCCACACCCACACCUGCAACCCUCCAGGACCUGCUGAUGCCAUGCAUACCCAUACAUGCUACCACACGCAUACGCAAGUUUUUGCCACCGCCGACGGAGAGAGGGAAGGAGAAGAAGAGCAGAAGAAAUCACGGAAGCCAUUGGGGAACAGAGAGGCUGUUCGGAAGUAUCGGGAAAAGAAGAAGGCCCAAGCAGCUUAUUUGGAGGAGGAGGUUAAGAAAUUGCGCCUUUUGAACCAGCAACUCUUGAAGAGAUUGCAGGGGCAAGCAGCGCUUGAGGCUGAAGUGGUUAGAUUGAGAAGCCAUCUUAUGGAUCUCCGAGCAAAGAUUGAUAGUGAAUUGGGUACCUUCCCUUUUCAGAAGCAAUGCAGUGGUGCUGAUUUAAGGUGCAAUAACAGAGCACAAUGUUUUGGUGGGAGUGGGGAGGUGGCUGGUUGGGAAGGGAGCUGCGGACCUGUAGUUGUGGAUUGUCAGAUCAACCCAAAUGGGGAUAUCGGGCUGAACUUGGAGAUUGCUGAAGCUGUGAAUUCGAUGGAUGUUGUGGGGAGUCUGGUAUCAUCUGCUUCCCAAGCUGAGUGAAUUGCUUAUCUGAAAUUGCAAGGUUUGAGCUCCUUGGCAUCUUGUUAUUUUCUUGGUUCUCAUAUAAUCUCUGAGCUAUCUUUUGAACUGCUUUUCGCUGGUGUUAAUGACAUCAGGAGUGAAGAUUUUUCGAUAAUAAGUAUAACAAAGGAUGAUUGGCCUGUUAUAAGAAUAAUGUUCCACAGAAGGCACAUGCUUCCUGCCUGUAAUGUGAAUUGGGAGCUUUCAAUAUAGAUGAUAAUCUAAUGCCCCUUUUGGGGUCGAUGUACAUGGUGGUCGUGUAAUAAAAUCUGUUUUUUA